GCCCAAACAAAAUCUAAACACGUAAACCCUAGGGUUUCAUAUGUUCUCUUAUAUCUCUCGGCGCCUUACCGCAUUUUCUCUUUGGCUGGGAUUUUGGGAAAGACAGCAUUCAACAGAGCCAGCAACCAUGGUGAAGUACUCGAAGGAGCCAGACAACCCCACCAAGUCCUGCAAGGCCAGGGGUUCUGAUCUCCGAGUUCAUUUCAAGAAUACGAGGGAGACAGCCUUUGCAAUUAGAAAGUUGCAUUUGACCAAGGCCAAAAGAUAUUUGGAGGAUGUUUUGGCCCACAAGCAAGCCAUUCCCUUCCGGCGGUUUUGUAGAGGAGUUGGGCGAACUGCACAAGCUAAGAAUCGCCAUUCAAAUGGACAAGGACGCUGGCCUGUUAAAUCUGCACAGUUUAUUCUGGAUUUACUUAAGAAUGCUGAGAGUAAUGCUGAGGUGAAAGGUUUGGAUGUGGAUUCGCUUUUCAUAUCUCACAUCCAGGUAAAUCAAGCCCAAAAGCAAAGGCGUCGGACAUACCGUGCUCAUGGACGAAUCAACCCUUACAUGUCAUCUCCAUGCCAUAUUGAGUUGACUUUAUCUGAAAAGGAAGAACCUGUCAAGAAGGAGCCUGAGACUCAGUUGGCUCCUAAGAAACCAAAGGCUAGAGCAUUACGUAGUGGCGCUUCUUCUUGAGAUGCAGAGUUGUAGUCUGUCAGCAGUCUUUUUCUUGGUUGACUACAGUAACAUUAGAACCUUUUUGUCUGCCUUCUUUUGAGAAAGUGUUAAAUUUUCAGAGUCUCUUCGGAGAUAUUUGUAUUGUGUGUUGGAGCUUAUUUCAAACCAGUUGAAAUUGUCUUUGUCCCGUUUAUCAUGAAUGCUUGAAUUGUUUUGAUCCUCUA